GAUAAGGACUAGAAAGGUGGUUUUGGCUGUAGAUAUGAAUAAAUCAGGAUCACGUAGGAGAAGUAUAUUUUUGUAUUCGAGCAGCCUUUUUUAAUCUCAGAGCCCUCUUCCUUUUUCCUCAAAGGCUUCAUAUUCUUCUGGCAACAAAGAUCUUUUUAUAUCUCUGGGUUUUCACAUUCUGCCCAGCAGCCUAUCAUAAGAAAGCACAAAUCUACUAAAUAGUAAAAUGAGGGAUUAUUUCCACUCAUCUGUUGACAGACAUCUCUCCAAAUUGGAUCAAAUGAUUAAAGGUAUUAGAAUGACGUCUUGCAGAUCCAGAUCAAAUCAUUUGAAACCUUGAGACUGUUUCUCCUUUGCUUGGAAGGAACCACCAGAAAUAGUUGUAGGCGCUAAUUGCCCAUUAUUCUCACGAAUGUGAAAUUGUUAAUUUGGACCUUUGAAUAUUUUACUUGCUUGAAUCCUAACCGGGGGAGCUCAAGAUGGAAGGACCGUGCAGAGGCUCGCUUCCCGCCAUGCCGUUCGGGAUCUCUUCCAACGCCUGAAUGGUUCUUCCUCGAGUCGCUUACUCCAAGAAGAGGGGUCCAGGCUGCAAAAUCUUCCCACAUCUCACAUUACGAAGAUGGCACUGCUGAAAGUCAAAUUCAACCAGAAGAAACGGGUAAAACUAGCGCAGGGACUAUGGCUCAUGAACUGGUUUUCAGUGUUUGCUGGAAUCCUUGUUUUUAGCAUGGGGUUGUUCCUCAAAAUUGAACUCCGGAAGCGAAGCGAAGUGAUGGACAAUUCUGAAAGCCACUUUGUGCCCAAUUCUUUGAUAUUGAUGGGUAUAUUAUCCUGCGCCUUCAAUGGUUUUGCUGGCAAAAUUUGUUACGAUUCUCUGGAUCCCGCUAAAUUUGCCAAGUGGAAGCCUUUGCUGAAACCUUACCUGGCACUAUGUUUCUUCUUUAACAUACUCAUAUUUUUCAUUGCUCUGAUUUGCUUUCUCAUGCGGGGCUCUCUGGAGAGCACGCUGGCCCAGGGGCUCAAGAACGGCAUGAAGUUCUACCGGGACACAGACACCCCUGGAAGAUGCUUCAUGAAGAAGACCAUCGACAUGCUCCAAAUUGAGUUCAAAUGCUGUGGGAACAACGGCUUCAAAGAUUGGUUCGAAAUUCAGUGGAUCAGCAACAGAUAUCUGGACUUCAGCUCCAAAGAAGUGAAAGAUCGGAUCAAAAGCAAUGUGGACGGAAGGUACUUGGUGGACGGCGUCCCUUUCAGCUGCUGCAACCCCAGCUCCCCGAGACCCUGCAUCCAGUACCAGGUCACCAACAACUCCGCUCACUACAGCUACGACUACCAAACGGAGGAGCUGAACCUCUGGCGCCGUGGCUGCCGGGAAGCCCUCCUGCAGUACUACAGCAGCAUGAUGAGCUCCAUGGGCGCCGUCGUCCUCCUCGUCUGGCUUUUUGAGAUGUCCGUGAUGGUUGGAUUGCGUCUUCUGCACACCUCUCUGGAAAGCAUCGCAAAUCCCGAAGACCCUGAAUGUGAAAGCGAAGGCUGGAUCCUAGAGAACAGCCUGAAGGACACUUUGAAGUCCGCGCUGGAGAAUUUGAAAAAGAUUGGUAAGUUCAACCAGGUGGAAGCAGAUGCCGAAGGGGCCGAAGGAGAGGAAGGUGGGAAGACGCCAGCCAUCACAACGGUCAGUUGAGCUUCUAAUUGAUGUGGACUUUUUAUCAGAGAGGAAUAAAAAAAACUGAGAAUUGUGAAUAUCUACGUUUUAAAAGCUAUGUAUCAACCAUCAGAACACACAUUUCUACUCAUGCUUUUUUUUUUUUUUUUGUAUAUGGGAGUACGCAACAUAGCGCACCUUGGGAUAAUACAGUUAUCCACAAUGUGAUUACACCAUAUUCAUAACUGCUGGGGGACGUGACCCCACUAGGACUUGCAAUAUUCACGAGUUCCCUUAUCAAUCAGGGACAGUUAAUUAAAAAAAAAAAUCACUGGCAUCACAUGGUGAUCCAUUCCAUCUUAUUUUGAAACUAAAAAUGGAAUUUGAAAAGUUAAUCUUUUUCUUCUCAAGUUGUUUUGUCAGCAUACUUUAUGUACUUCAACUUUUAAAGACAAACAGGUUGGUUUUCUGGGGAGUAACAUGCUAGAAGACAAAGGAAGAAGGAUUUCCAGAAUUGUAUAUAACUUAGCAUACAGGUAUUUUGACAAACCUCUCGUAUAAUGUGAUUUUUUUGUUUAUGUGCUAAGCAAUUGUAUUUUCUGCUGUAUUCUUAAGAUGUACAUAGAACAAAAUGCAAAUUUAUGCUGAGAAUUUAUGUACUAAGCAAAAAUUGUAAUUUAAUGAAACAGCACAAGUAUCAUGAAAGCAACACUAAGGUAAGAUUUUUG